ACAGGCACCUAUAGUGAUAAGUAGAGAUCACCAUGAUGUGAGUGGAACAGAUAGUCCAUUUCGUGAAACUUCUAAUAUAUAUGAUGGUUCUUCUUUCACUGCAGAUAUGGCUGUACAAAAUUGCAUUGGAGACUCAUUUAGAGGUGCAACUUGGGUUGCUUUACACAAUGGAGGUGGCGUUGGGUGGGGAGAAGUUAUUAAUGGAGGUUUUGGAUUAGUCCUUGAUGGAACUGAUGAUGCAGCAACAAAAGCAUAUAUGAUGCUUUCUUGGGAUGUUAGCAAUGGGCUUGCAAGAAGAAGUUGGUCAGGAAAUAUUGAUGCAAAAAAUAUUAUACUCACUACUAUGUCUGAAAACUCCAAUCUACGAGUGACUUUGCCGAAUGCAGUAGACCAAUCAGUAUUAAAUAUUGUUUAAAUAUAUGCAAAAUAAAAAAUUUAUUACA